AUGGCGGCCACCGUAAGAAAGGCUUACGGAACUGGGACUUUUGGUCGAGUCUUCCUUGUCAAGGACAAGAAAAGCAAGGCCUUCUUUGCACUAAAACAGAUGAAGAUUUCUGACGUGAUCCGGCUGAAGCAGGAGCAGCACGUCCACAACGAGAAGGAGGUGCUGACAGAAAUCAGCCACCCUUUUCUCAUCAGGCUCUUCUGGACUCACCAUGACGAUCGCUUCCUCUACAUGCUGAUGGAUUACGUCCCAGGUGGAGAGCUCUUCAGCUACCUACGCAGUCGCGGGCGAUUCAGCAAUGCCACAGGCCUCUUCUACACCUCUGAGAUCGUAUGCGCCAUUGAGUACCUUCACUCCAAAGAAAUAGUCUACAGAGACCUGAAGCCUGAGAACAUCCUGCUGGACAGUGAGGGACAUAUCCGCCUUACUGACUUUGGCUUUGCUAAGAAGCUGUCUGAUAGGACCUGGACUCUGUGUGGAACCCCUGAGUACUUGGCUCCUGAAGUGAUCCAAAGCAAAGGCCACGGCCGGGCUGUGGACUGGUGGGCUCUGGGCAUCCUCGUCUUUGAGAUGCUGGCUGGGUAUCCACCUUUCUUUGAUGACAAUCCAUUUGGAAUCUACCAGAAGAUUUUGUCUGGAAAACUGGAAUUCCCACGCCAUCUGGAUUUCUACGUCAAAGACCUCAUCAAGAAAUUUCUGGUCAUUGACCGAGCCAGACGGCUAGGCAACAUGAAGAAUGGAGCAGAUGAUGUGAAAAAGCACCGAUGGUUCAAGACUGUGGACUGGGAAGCUGUUCCUCUGAGGAAACUGAAGCCUCCAAUAAUUCCUAAAGUGUCUCAUGAGGGCGAUACAUCCAACUUUGAUAUGUAUCCAGAUGACGACUGGAAGAAAGACCCUCCUGUGCCUCCGAAGGACCUGGAGAUCUUCAGGAACUUCUAAGGACGACUGAUGGACGAACUCAUUGAGUUGUAAAGCUGCUGCUCCUGCUACUAUCAUGGAAAUUUCAUCACUUUAUCAAAAGCAGGAGAGUCCCAUCUUUUCCCUUAACAUUGAACCCUAAAAUAAGAACUACAGAUGACAAAUGCCGUGACGUAUGAAACCACUCAAAUUUAUAGUUUUUUCCAUUUUUAUUUAUCAGAAUUCAGUCACAUCGUUAC